ACGCGCUCCGUCCCCGCUGCUCGGUUUUGUCGCAGUUUGAAAUGAUGCCAUUUGAGGCCGGCAGCCGAAAUGGCCUGUCCAUGGCAGCUUUUUGGCCGAUGCUUCUGUUUUCCAGAAAAUUUGUCAUUUGCCGCGAUAACCAUUGUACGAGAUUGAUUGGUUUCUGUUGUCAUUGAGGCUUUUUAAUUUUAUAAAGCUUUACAUUCACGGGUAUGAUAGUCUCUGCAGUUGUGUUUCUUGAUACAAUUUCUCUGGCAUCAUUUGGUUUGAGCAUAUGAUUUGUUUGUUCAGAUGGGGUGAAAAGUUGUAUCAACCAACUCCAUUGCAACUCGGUUUCUAGUUUUUUUAUCCUAGCUAGUUCAAUUUUCAUACUGAAGUUCUACCCAUUAAAAAUUAAACACUCCACAAGACUGUUGCAAACGCCGUGCUUUGUUCUUUCCAGCUGUUGGGAACAUAGAAUACUACUCCCUAUUUCAUGCACACUCAUCUGCUGGUGCUUUGUUCAAUUUGCAUGAGUAGAUUAUUAUCGAUACCGAGUUCUAAUGACAAAUAUGCAAAUUCCAUAUUGUGCAGGUUACAAGAAAAGGAUUCUUGGCCGAAACUUGAAAUGAGAUCAUUUAGAGCCUUGAGGGUUUUAAGCUCAACGAUAUCAUUGAAUUCUCAGAAAUCCCGUUACAGGUCAGCUCUUGUGCAACGUUUUUACAGUGCAGAAACUCAGCCAGAACUUUCGAGCAGUAGUACCGAGGGGGAAGAUGAGAAUUCGUCAUCAGUUUUUGAUAGCUCGCAUUUCGACAGUGAUUCGGAGAAGGGUGGAAAAAUGAGUAAUCCUAAUUGGGAUGAGAAGCACCGGGAUAGAUUGCGUGAAGUCUUCGGGGAAGAGAUUAAAAAUCCAAGGAUUGCGAGGAAGGAAGAGAAAAAGAAUAAUGCUGCUAGGCUUGCAAUGUUUCUUCUUCAUGCUGCGGUUCAGCAGGAUGAGCAUGAGGAGGAAGACGGUGGGAAGGAGAAGGAGGUCAAGCUGGAGGAUCAGAAAUCUUUGCAUGUUGGAAUUAUUGGAGCGCCUAAUGCUGGGAAGUCUGCUCUUACUAAUUAUAUGGUUGGGACAAAAGUUGCUGCGGUAUCCAGAAAAAUGAACACAACUACUCACGAAGUGUUGGGAGUAAUGACUAAAGGAGUUACCCAAAUUUGUUUUUUUGAUACUCCAGGGCUGAUGUUAAGGAAAAGUGGUUUCCCUUACAAUGAUAUCAAAGUGCGCAUGGAAAGUGCUUGGAGUUCAAUUAGUUUAUUUGAUGUGCUGCUGGUCAUUUUUGACGUUGAUAGACAUAUCAAGAGGCCUGACUCCAGAGUGGUGAGAUUGAUUCAACGAAUGGGUUCUCAAGUCAACCCAAAUCAGAAACGUAUAUUAUGCAUGAAUAAAGUUGACUUGGUUGAGAAACAGAAAGACUUGUUGAAGGUUGCUGAGGAAUUUAAGGACCUUCCUGGAUACGAAAGGCACUUCAUGAUCUCGGGGCUAAAAGGAUCCGGAGUGAAGGAACUGACGCAAUAUUUGAUAGAACAGGCAGUUGAAAAACCUUGGGAAGAAGAUCCAUUCACUCUGACUGAAGAAAUCAUGAAGAGGAUAUCACUGGAAGUGGUUCGGGAAAAAUUAUUACAUCAUGUACAUCAGGAAAUCCCUUACAACAUUGAACAUCGGUUGAUGGAUUGGAAGGAGUUGCGGGAUGGUUCUCUGAGGAUUGAGCAGCAUUUUAUAACACAUAAAAUGAGUCAACGCAAGAUUCUGGUGGGGAAAAAUGGUUCUAAAAUAGGAAGAAUAGGACUUGAAGCAAAUGAAGAGUUAAGAUCCAUAUUCAAGAAAAACGUCCAUCUUGUCCUGAUGGUUAGAGUCAAAUGAUGAUGAGAUCAAUCGCUCUAGAGCCUUUUUGUUUCUUUGCAUGAACUGCUUGACAUGGUUGAGCUUGGGAUAGAGGAGCAAUUGCUGGAUUUGCAUAUAAUCAUGCGUGGGAAUUGGGAGUCUAGCUUGAAGUCGGUGGUUUAUGGGACAAACAAUUGGAAGAAUCAAUAUUUAUAUGCACAUCGUGAAGGAGAUUGGAUGGAACGAAGGCUGUUUCUCUAUUCGAUGGAGUUCCAUAUGCUCAUGGCAAGCAACAUGUUCUGCCUGCAUCUUACUUUUUGGCACAGGCGCACAGCCAAUGUUGCUUCAUACUGUUAGCUUGAUCCAUGUCACAGACUUCCUUGGUGAUCCUUAUUUCCUUCCAGUGAUGUCACAGACUUCCUUGGGAAACCUAGAGAAGACGGAUGUUAGUAGAUGGUGCGAGGGUCUGUGCCUGUGGUGACUGCUAUCUUAAUCUUGUAAAGUGACGUUGUAAAUACGAAUGUCCAUUAGAAAUGUCAAAUUUAUAAAUUGUUAGAUGAGAUUUGGAGUUUGUUCCUACGGAUCACCUUUUAUUACUUUUGAGACCUUUUCACCUGAACAGGAAGAACACUGUUAUCACUUGGUCAUAGUUUUAAUGGUAGUCGAAAGCCUCAUUUGGCAUAUGAUCCAACUACAUAUGACCAUUUUACUGGUUAAAAAUGCUACUGAUUUUUCACAAAAAUGGUCCAUAUUGUACAAUUUAUACC